AAAUUGUUAAAGACGGCUAAUUUCUCAGCACUCAUUGUCAUUCAGGGAGCUGAACUUGAUCAGAGGUCAGCAGCACAGUUUUAUCACACUACUCCAGGUUUUCCAUCCAACACUCCAGAACAGUGGUUCUUAACCUUGUGUAAAGUCGUGAUGACGCCCCGAUUAGACUGAUUCUGAAAGAUCCAAUCACUCUCACAUUCAUACUCUGAUAUGCUGAUCUAUUGACAACUUGGGAUUAAGUGCUGUGCCCAUGGGCACAUCAACAUGUGACAAACCACACAUUUUGGAUUCUAAGACGGUGCUCUGCUAGUCCCAGCCAGAACUGUUGAGUUAAUUGUUUCUGAACUAUUUUCCAACCAGAGGUGCUCUGUACUGUGGUUGGAAAGCUUUUGGAUGUUGGCCAUGUUGUCUCUGGUGUGUCUGUUGCUCAGAAAUAAAUUGCUAAUUCUCACCUAGAUUAAACAUUAGCCCUUUUUAUGGCUGUGGCACUGAAAGAAUUGACUCAGAUUAUUUCCAGGUUUCUCUGGCUGUUCAAAUGGCCGUCCUUUUCCACUGGGCGGUGGAUGUCAGGUGAGUCUUAGAUAAACAUUUUCAUGUUUAGGUGAUUUAUGUGUUUGACCAAAGCAUUUUUCAGCAUUACAGAAAGCAGCAAGUUGCUCACAUACAUGAACCCAUAAGUCUGGUUUUCUUUUAACUAAGUCUUGAUCUCAGCAAUAAUUUUCAUUUCUGCUAAAAAUUAAUCCAAACGUGAAGUCUGCAGCUCUGUCCUUCUUUUCCUCAGAACCAGUUCUGCGAUCAAAUCAACAUCCUGCCAUGAACUUUGAUCACUGAGAUAAAACAAACACUGGAAUAAUAUUUGAUAUGACCUAGGACUUUGGUAUUACAGUCUUUUAUUAUCUUUUUAUGACAGGUUAUUAAAUAAAAACUCAUGUCUUGAGUCCUGCUGUUUCAUUCAAUCUGAUGUGUCAGAUCCAGACCUAGUUUAUUGCUGUUUAGAUCUAUUUUAUCUUUAAUGCCACCUUCACAAGGUGAAAAUAGUUCAGAGUUCAUUUCAUGUGGGCAGAGCAGGAAGAGUAAAGUCAGUCUGUUUUUGUUCCAACCUGGACUGACUGAAGAUGAGUCUUUGUAAGGGACAGGACAACAAAAGCGUGUCUUCAGCACCCAGCUGCCCGUCAAUGAGGAGUGACCACUCCAACAUUCUCCCUCCGCUGUUCAGUGAUGAACUUGGACCUUCAGACACGAAAUGGAAAAGCAGCAGCCAUGUUCCUGAGGUGGAUGACACGUCAUGCUGCGCUGUGUGCCAGAAACUCCUGAUGUAUCCAGUGUUGGCCAGCUGUGGACACUGGUUCUGCAGACAGUGCAUGAUCACAUACUGGGACGAGUCAACUCCACGCGCCCCCUGUCUCCAGUGUGGAGAACUGUUCACACCCCUAACUGGACCUCAGGCAGCCAAUCAGAGCAGCUCUGGAGAAGGUUUUGGUCUUCAGGAGAAUUUAGACAAACACAGGAACCAACUGAGGAGGAUGUGUAAAUAUGUAACUGAAGGAGCUGAUGAAUUAGGAGCCAGAACUGUCCUCAACAGCAUCUACACCGAGCUCUACAUCACAGAGGGAUGGAGUGAAGAGGUUAAUACCCAACAUGAGGUGAAGCAGCUGGAGACAGCUUCCCAGAUCCAGAACCUCCAGGACUCUCCAAUCAGGUGCCAUGACAUCUUUAAAUCUUUCCCUGACCAACAUGGAGCCAUCAGAGUGGUUCUGACCAACGGCGUCGCUGGUGCUGGAAAAACCUUCUCAGUGCAGAAGUUCACUCUGGACUGGGCCGAGGGCUUGGAGAACCAGGAUGUCAGUGUGGUGGUUCUGCUGUCGUUCAGGGAGCUGAACCUGAUCAGAGAUCAGCAGCACAGUCUUCUCUCUCUGCUCCAUGUUUUCCAUCCAACACUCCAGAAGCUCCCAGCAGAGCAGCUGGCUGUCUGCAAACUGCUCUUUAUCUUUGAUGGCCUGGAUGAAAGCAGACUUUCACUGGACUUUAACAGCAGUCAGCUGGUUUCUGACAUCACACAGAAGUCAUCAGUCAAUGUUCUGCUGACAAACCUCAUCAGGGGGAACCUGCUUCCCUCGGCUCUCAUCUGGAUAACUACCAGACCUGCAGCGGCCAAUCAGAUCCCUCCUUCAUAUGUUUCCAGGGUAACAGAAGUACGAGGCUUCACCGACACCCAGAAGGAGGAGUACUUCAGGAGGAGGUUCAGUGAUGAAGAGCUGUCCAGCAGAAUCAUCUCCCACAUCCAGACCUGCAGGAGUCUUCACAUCAUGUGUGGAAUCCCAGUCUUCUGCUGGAUCACUGCUACUGUUCUGGAGAACAUGAUGACCUCAGAGCAGAGAGGAGAGCUGCCCAAGACCAUGACUGACAUGUACUCACACUUCCUGCUGGUCCAGGCAAAGAGGAAGAAGGAAAAGUACCAUGGAGGACAUGAGACAAGUCCACAGGAGCUGAUGGAGGCUGACAGGGAAGUUCUUCUGAAGCUGGGGAGGCUGGCGUUUGAACAGCUGGAGAAAGGAAACAUCAUGUUCUACCAAGAAGACCUGGAACAGUGUGGUCUGGAUAUCACAGAGGCCUCGGUGUACUCAGGAGUUUGUACAGAGAUCUUCAAGAGAGAGAGUGUGAUCUUCCAGAAGCCAGUUUACUGCUUUGUUCAUCUGAGCAUCCAGGAGUUUCUGGCUGCAGUUUACAUGUUCCACUGUUUCACCAGCAGGAACUCAGAGGUGGUGAAGGACUUCCUGGAUGGUUCACCUAACACCCAUGUUAGGAGAGACUUAAAACUGGAAGACGGUAACUUCACUCUAGACUGUUUCCUGGAGAGAGUCAUGAUGAAAUCUCUCCAAAGUAAAACUGGGCAUCUAGACAUGUUUGUUCGCUUCAUUCAUGGCCUUUCUCUGAAGUCAAACCAGAAGCUCCUGGGAGGCCUUGUUGAUCAAACAGAGAACAGUCCAGAGAACAUCUAUAAAAUCAUCAACAACCUGAAGAAGAUGAACACCAAUAAAAUGUCUCCAGAUAGAAGCAUCAACAUCUUCUACUGUUUGAUAGAGAUGAAUGAUCUCUCAAUUCAACAGGAGAUCCAGGAGUUUCUGAGGAUGGAGAACCGAUUAGAGAGGGAGCUCUCAGAGAUCCACUGCUCGGCUCUGGCCUACAUGCUACAGAUGCUGGAGGAGGUUCUGGAUGAGUUGGACCUGGAUAUGUUCAACACAUCAAAGGAGGGGAAAAUGAGGCUGAUCCCAGUGGUGAGGAACUGCAAAAAGGCUCGCCUUGUCGGCUGUCGCCUCUCGGAGACCCACUGUGAAGUUGUUGCCUCGGCUCUGAUGUCCAGCCGCUCCCAGCUGGUAGAACUGGACCUGACUGGAAACGUCCUGCCUGGUCCAGGAGUGAAGCUCCUAUGUGACGGACUCGCAAGUCCUUACUGUAAACUGAAGACGCUGAGACUGAGAGGGUGCAGGCUGUCAGAAAUCAGCUGUGAUAGUCUGGUUUCUGCUCUCGUGUCAAACCCUUCUCAUCUGAAACAUCUGGACAUGGGUCUGAACAAUAAGCUGCAGGAUUCUGGGAUGAAACUGCUUUGUGCCUUUCUAGAAAAUUCAGAAAGUAGACUGAAGACACUCAGAUUGCUAGAAUGUAGCUUAACUGGAGUAGCCUGUGCUUAUUUGGCAUCGGCUCUGAAGUUCAACCCCUCCCAUCUGACACAUCUGGACAUGAGUGGGAACAACCUUGAGGACUCAGGUGUGAAGCACUUGUGUGCUUUCAUGGAGACUCCUAACUGCAAACUGCAGAAACUGAGUCUGUGGGGCUGCAGGCUGUCGGGAACCAGCUGUGCUUCUAUAGUCUCAGCCCUAAACACCAACCCGUCUUUUCUGAAGCGUCUGGAUCUGAGAGACAACAACCUGCAGGAUUCAGAUGUGGAGCAGCUGCUGGAUCUGGUGGAGAGACCACAAUUCAGACUGCAAAGGCUGAGAUGGAAAUGAUAAUCCUUGUACAGAUGAAAAGGAGUCUAAAAUGGACAGUCGACUGACAGGAAAGACUCAUUUAGUUUGUGUGUGUAUGUGUGAACCAGGUUUUUAUAUACUUGUGGGGACCUAUUCUGUCUACUCUGUGAGGUUGUGAGGACCACUGCUUCUUGUGGGAACAAAUCCUGGUGAUGGUUAAGGUUAGGGUUAAACUGUAGAAAUGAAUGGAAGUCACAAAAACAUGACUGUAUGUGUGGCGGUAGGAGCUCUACUGCAUCUCUCACAAUGUGUCAUAGAUGCUGCCUGUUAGUAUAUUUCCAUUGUUCUUCUGAUCCUGAAGUUGCUCUGUGUCAGAAAUGCUAACGCUGAAGGUUGAGAGUCAGGUGCCACACAAAUUCAUUCCAACUGCUGUGUUGCAUUGACUACUUCAUGGGGUCUGAGUGCAGGGAGCCUCCCAAUAAAGAUGUGCCCCGUUGUGGGGUCCAACAUCCCAGACCCCACACUGCUUAGGAGCAUCUCCUAAUGUGUCUCCUGCUUUUCCCCUUCCCCUUGGGGAAAAAGCAGCCCAAGGAGACUAGUGGCAGCAACUAAAAAAAUGUGUUUAAGUGUGUGCUCUUGCUCUCGAUGAAGGCGGACGCUUUUUCCCUCUGCUCCCUCCCUGUCCUUGUCUGCCCGGUUUGCUGUUUCUGUCCUGUCUUUUUCUCUUUUUCUAUA